AUGUACUGCCAUUCAGGUGUUGAGUCAUUAAAACGUGACAAUCUUUCAUCUGUCCAUCCCAAGAAUCCAGUUGUGUUAGAUAUUCGUGAGAGGAACACUAUUUGGACGCACACGGCUCGGGGCUUCCGUAGCGGAAGUGUUACCGUAGACUCGCGUUGCAUUGUGGGAAUCGUGUCAAUGCCGCUUGGAAACAUGGCGGACGCUUUUGGAGACGCGCUGUUCAGCGUGUUUGAUGAUGAUACCGCUGCGUCUAGCAAAACGACACCCACUGCCCCCACAACAAAUGCUGGUUCACAUGUAGAUGGGGAGGAUGCAUUUCACGGACGGGGCAAGAGGGAGGCGGACCAAGACGUCACGGAGGAGAUGGUCUACAGUAAAAAGUCUAAACAUGAUACUGCCGACGACAAUAUGGCGGACUUUAUGCCCCAGGUGAAGGUGGAGCAAGUUGAUACUGUUGAAGGAUGCAACCAUGAGGUGGCACUCCAGGCCAGUGAAGACUACGCACCCCUCAAACCUCGAGUUGGAAAAGCAGCAAAGGAAUACCCUUUUAUUUUGGAUCCAUUCCAGCGCGAGGCCAUCUUGUGUAUUGACAACAAUCAGUCUGUACUGGUUUCUGCUCACACCUCUGCUGGCAAGACUGUCUGUGCCGAGUAUGCAAUAGCGUUGGCAUUGAGAGAGAAGCAGAGGGUGAUCUUCACCAGCCCAAUCAAGGCCCUGUCCAACCAGAAGUACAGAGAGAUGUAUGAAGAGUUCCAGGACGUCGGCCUGAUGACUGGCGAUGUCACCAUCAAUCCUACCGCAUCUUGCCUCGUCAUGACGACAGAGAUCUUGAGGAGCAUGCUGUACAGAGGCUCUGAGAUCAUGAGGGAGGUGGCCUGGGUGGUCUUUGAUGAGAUCCAUUACAUGAGAGACGCAGAGCGUGGCGUGGUUUGGGAGGAGACCAUCAUCCUACUUCCCGACAAUGUACAUUACGUCUUCCUGUCUGCCACCAUCCCCAACGCCAAGCAGUUUGCAGAGUGGAUCUGCCACCUGCACAAACAGCCCUGCCAUGUGGUGUACACAGACUACCGUCCCACUCCCCUGCAGCACUACCUAUUCCCAGCAGGGGGCGACGGACUCCAUCUGGUGGUCGACGAGAACGGGGACUUCAGAGAGGAGAACUUCAACACGGCCAUGCAGGUACUGAGGGACGCCGGCGACGCGGGCGGUGGCUCCGGAGGGGCCAAGUGGGACCCCAAGGGACGCAAAGGCGGAACCAGAGGUCCCUCCAACGUAUUCAAAAUAGUGAAGAUGAUCAUGGAGAGGAACUUCCAGCCCGUCAUCAUCUUCAGCUUCAGCAAGAAGGAGUGUGAGGCCUACGCUCUGCAGGUGUCCAAGCUGGACUUCAACAGCGAGGAGGAGAAAAAGCUGGUGGAGGAAGUGUUCAACAACGCCAUUGACUGUCUGUCAGACGAGGACAAGAAACUACCGCAGGUGGAACACGUGCUGCCUCUGCUGAAGCGAGGCAUCGGCAUUCACCACGGCGGCCUGCUGCCCAUCCUGAAGGAGACCAUCGAGAUCCUGUUUGGGGAAGGCCUGCUUAAGGCCCUGUUUGCAACAGAAACCUUUGCAAUGGGGAUCAACAUGCCGGCUCGCACUGUGCUUUUCACCAGCGCACGCAAGUUUGACGGAAAGAAUCAUCGCUUUAUCACGUCUGGGGAGUACAUCCAGAUGUCCGGGAGGGCCGGCAGGAGAGGGAUGGACGAGAGGGGGAUCGUGAUAUUCAUGGUGGACGAGAAGAUGAGCCCCGCCAUUGGCAAACAAUUGCUCAAGGGCUCGGCGGACCCCCUGAACAGCGCCUUCCACCUCACCUACAACAUGGUUCUGAACCUGCUGCGUGUGGAGGAGAUCAACCCGGAGUACAUGCUGGAGAAGUCCUUCUACCAGUUCCAGCACUACCGGGCCCUGCCCGGCGUCUUGGAGAAGGUGAAGAUGCUGGAGGCGCAGUACCAUGCCAUCGACAUCCCCAACGAGGAAAGCGUGGUCACCUACUUCAAGAUCAGGCAACAGCUGGCCAAGCUGGCCAAGGAGAUCCAGGAGUUCGUCCACAAGCCCAAAUACUGCCUGCCCUUCCUGCAGCCGGGCCGCCUCGUCAAGGUGAAAAGCACCACGGCGGACUUUGGUUGGGGCGUGGUGGUGAACUUCAACAAGAAGACGAACGUCAAGACGGUGGCGGACGCCGACCCCCUGAUCGUGGUGGAGGUCCUGCUCCACUGCAGUAAGGACAGCGUGAAGGACGCCGCCACGGAGGCUGCCACGCCCGCCGGCCCCGGGGAGACCGGGGAGAUGCAGGUGGUGCCAGUGAUGCUGCAUCUCCUUACCUCCAUCAGCUCAGUGCGUCUCUACAUCCCCAAAGACCUGAGGCCCUAUGACAACCGACAGCUCAUGCUCAAGUCCAUACAGGAAGUGAAGAAGCGUUUCCCGGAUGGCGUUCCCGUGCUGGACCCCGUGGACGACAUGGGCAUCAAAGACCCGGGUCUGAAGAAGGUCAUCCAGAAGGUGGAGGCCUUCGAGCACCGCAUGUACUCCCACCCGCUGCACAGCGACCCCAACCUGGAGUCGGCCUACUCGCUGUGUGAGAGGAAAGCCUUGAUCGCGGCGGACGUGCGCACGGCCAAGCAGGAGCUGAAGAAGGCUCGCACCGUGCUGCAGAUGGACAAGCUCAAGUGCCGCAAGCGCGUGCUGCGGCGGCUGGGCUUCGCGGGGCCCUCGGACGUCAUCGAGAUGAAGGGGCGCGUGGCCUGUGAGAUCAGCAGUGCUGACGAGCUGCUCCUCACAGAGAUGAUCUUCAACGGCCUGUUCAACGACCUGACUGCUGAGCAGGCCACCUCUCUGCUGUCCUGCUUCGUCUUCCAAGAGAACGCUAGUGAGAUGCCAAAACUGACUGAACAGCUGGCUGGGCCACUGAGACAGAUGCAGGAGUGUGCGAAGCGCAUCGCCAAGGUGUCUGCGGACGCCAAGCUGGAGGUGGACGAGGACACGUACCUGAACCAGUUCAAGCCCCACCUGAUGGACGUGGUGUACACCUGGGCCAACGGCGCCUCCUUCGCCCAGAUCUGCAAGAUGACCGACGUCUUCGAGGGCAGCAUCAUCCGCUGCAUGCGCCGCCUGGAGGAGGUGCUGAGACAGAUGUGCUCCGCUGCCAAGGCCAUCGGCAACACGGAGCUGGAGAACAAGUUCGCCGAGGGAAUAACAAAGAUCAAGCGGGACAUCGUGUUCGCCGCCAGUCUCUACCUGUGAUCACCUGACGUCUCCCACACACGGAGGAGUUGACCCAAAACUACGGCAUCUGUUUUGUAUUGUCUCGUGUUUUUUUCCUUUUUUUAAACCUUUCCAAAGUGUAAGACGAGGCUAAACAUCAGUGACCGUUUGGAUACGACGGAGGAUCAUCUCACUGAGCGGAGCUCCUGCUCUUAGUCUGACAGCAUAGAGAUCUGGAAGGUUUGUUAGUGGGAACACGGACCACUUCCCCUCAGAAACGCAGCCCUGCGGUGGAAGUUAUUGCAUCGAUUCCCAUUUUUAUUUCAUGAGAUGUACCUAGUUCCCCUAGGCCCUGUUUUUUACCCGAGCAGUCUUAUCCAGAAACGUCUGUUUUUCUGUUCCAUUUUAUUUUUCAUGUUAAUAAGCAAAAUGUCUGGGUUGUUUUUCUGUUCAACAUGCAGAACAUCAAUAUUUGUACAUAUUUGUAACGCCUCUUCAAUAAAAACAAAAUAAUCAGUUGACAUACAAAA